AUGUCUGGUGAUAAAUGUUGGUUUACAAAUCUGAAUGCAGAGUGUAUGGAAGGCUCAGUGACAUUUGGAGAUGGAAGUAAAGGUAAAAUUUUAGGGAAAGGAGAUGUUAAGACACUUGGCUUACCGUUCUUAAAGAAUGUCAUGCUGGUGGAAAAUUUGCAAGCAAAUUUGAUAAGCAUUAGUCAACUUUGUGAUGAUGGUAGCAGUGUGUGGUUUGAUAAAGAUCAAUGCUAUGUUGCUGAUUUGCAAGGAAAGAAGGUUAUGAGGAGCAUGAGAUCCAAGGAUAAUUGUUAUUCUAUUCAGGUGAAUGAGAACAAAAGUCUUGUGUGCAAUCGAGCUAAUGAUGACGUGAUGGAACUAUGGCACAGAAGACUUGGUCAUAUCAACUUUCGUGAUCUCUUGAAGUUGUCCAAGAAGGAGUGUGUCAGAGGUCUGCCAAAGCUAAGUGGUAAGUCUGCAGGAGUGUGUGGUGCGUGCCAAUUAGGUAAGCAAGUCAAGAGUGCUCACAAAAGCAUAUCCUACAUAUCAACAUCCCAGCCAUUAGAUUUGCUGCAUAUGGAUUUAGUUGGUCCUGUUCAGAUCGAGAGCAUAGGUGGAAAGAAGUAUGUGUUGGUGUUGGUGGAUGACUUUACUAGGUUUACUUAG